GGAGCAUGGACGGUACCAAAAUGGCGGACAGUUCUCGAAGAUAGCUUUUGUUUAUUUUUUAAAAUUGAGCUGAUUUACCUCUGUUUUGGUCAAGAUCAUUACGAACUAGUUUAAAGUGAAGAGAAAUAUGUGUGAUUAGAGGGCUAAGAUAUGGAAUUGAAUAAGGAUAAAACUUAGACGGGAUACUUUGUCAGAAUUCUAAACUUAGCUUGCAUGUUGCUAACAACUGUAACUAUGGGMAGUACGGAGCAAUACGGUCAAUAUACGAUACUUGGAAGAAUAGGAGAAGGAGCACAUGGSAUAGUAUUCAAAGCUAAACACAUUGAGAGUGGCGAAGUUGUUGCUCUYAAAAAAGUUCCGUUAAGAAGAUUGGAAGAUGGAAUCCCAAACACGGCUUUGAGGGAAAUCAAGUCAUUGCAGGAAAAUGAAGAAAAUCCUUUUGUUGUCAAGCUUAUUGAUGUCUUUCCUCAUGGAACUGGGUUUGUUCUUGUAUUUGAGUACAUGUGGUCGGAUCUGUCAGAAGUACUCCGUAAUUCCACACGACCGCUAACAGAGGCUCAAAUAAAGAGCUACAUGCUGAUGCUUCUAAAAGGAGUUGCAUACUGCCACAACAGAGGAAUAAUGCAUAGGGAUCUGAAGCCAGCUAAUCUGUUGAUAAGCUCUACUGGUCAUCUAAAAAUAGCAGACUUUGGUCUUGCUAGAGUGUUUUCCAAUGAAGGAGAUAGACUUUACAGUCACCAAGUGGCAACAAGAUGGUACAGGGCACCAGAACUACUCUAUGGAGCAAGRAAAUAUGAUGAAGGGGUUGAUCUCUGGGCUGUUGGAUGUAUACUAGGAGAACUGCUCAACAACUCACCACUUUUCCCAGGUGAAAAUGAUAUCGAACAACUCUGCUGUGUACUAAGAACCUUAGGGACUCCAAAUGAACAGAUCUGGCCAGGAAUGACAGAUCUACCAGAUUACAACAAAAUAACWUUUCCAGAAAUGCCAGCUAUUCCUUUAGAAAAGAUUGUCCCUGAUGCUUCAGAUGAGGCCAUUGAUCUUCUAAAGAAAUUUCUGGUUUAUCCUUCUAAAUUAAGAAUCCCUGCCAGCGAGGCUUUGAUUCAUCCAUAUUUCUUCACCGAGCCCCUUCCAGCCCACCAUUCCGAGUUGCCAAUACCGGCGCGCAAUAGCAAGAAAGCCUCAGUCCGUGGACCUCAUUUUCGAGGCUUUGAUAUCGACGUGAAGCUUGAAAAGUCUCUUAUCAGUCCAGAUCGACUUUAUCAUCGUAAACUACUGUCAUCUCUACAGCAGGAUUGAUUUAAAUCAAAACACCUCAUAAUCAGAAAUUGAGUUGCGAGCGUCAGGACGUUUUAGCAUGUACCCUACUGUAACGUUAGUUGACCUUCUUAGUUUUAACGCAAACUGAAUUUAAUACUGAAACAUUUAAUGGACGAUGUACAGCACUGGCCACUGCAUGCUGUCAUUCAAAGACUUUAACCGAAAUUCCUAUUUGUCCAUAUCCACAAUUCUCUUUUCGUUCAACACGCAUCCGUAGUGUGAAGCUUUUUUCAAGUAUUUUCGCCCUAAUAGAGGACGUUUUCGAAAACAAAAUUUGGGGAUGCUUGGAAAAGUCCAGAAGCACCUCUGUAUUCGUAAAUACCCCAUUGUGGAGGCAAGCAUUUCCGUGAGUUUAUAGGAUUGACAUUAAAAUGUAAAUUAACUAAUGUACAAAAAAAAAAAAUAAAUUAAAAUAAUAAAAAACGAUAAGGUAA